AUGGCAGGCUUAUACCAGCAGUCUACAUCCUGUGAGCCGGACCACAGCAACUCAAACUCAGCCUGUGCCGAGGGACUGGACGGACCCGACUUCCAGAGAUGCACAGACGAUCACGUCUUUGAAACGACAACUGUUGAAGUUGGAGAUGAUGUGACUUUGAAUUGUACUCGCCAGACAUCUGAGUCCAGGGUAACCUUGUUUUGGAUCAGGCUUGUUUCUGGAAAAUUGCCUGAAUUCUUGGGAGGAACAUAUGCCUUUGAUUAUGAAGAUGUUAACAAGACUCCUCACAUUACAGCAAAACAAGAGCCUGGAUCAUUUAUUCUGCAUAUUCAUGAGACAAAGCUGAGUGAUACUGGACUUUACUACUGUUUAAAAGUAAAAAGGCUGAACAUGACACUUUCCAAAUCAGCACUUCUGAGAGUUAAAGGUAAAGAACCUGAUAUCACUGCCGUCACUCAAGACUUUGCAUCUGAUCCAGUCCGUCCAGGAGACUCAGUGACUCUGCAGUGUUCAGUCCUCUCUGACUCUGAGAAGAAAACAUGUCCAGAAGAACACAGAGUUUAUUGGUUCAGAGCCGCAUCAGAUGAAUCUCAUCCCAGUGUCAUUUAUACCCAAGGAAACAGUAGUGAUGGAUGUGAGAGGAGUCCUGAAGCUGGAUCUUCACAGAAAUGUAUCUACAGCUUCUCUAAGGACGUCAGCUCCUCUGAUGCCGCGACUUAUUACUGUGCUGUGGCCACAUGUGGAGAGAUAUUAUUUGGAAAUGGAGCAAAGGUGGACGUUGAAGAGCUCAACAUGUGGGAUCUGCAGAAGGCCAACAUACUUCUGUUUCUGUUAUUUGCUGCUUUGGCUUUAAGUCUGACUGUUAUUGCCUUCCUGAUUUAUACCAUCAAGAAGAAAACUUGUGAUCAUUGCAAUGCUGCCGUCACUCUGCAAACAAAUGCUGCAAGUCAGCAGAGAGACGAGGACUCAUUGGCUUAUUCUGCACCGACCUUCACCAAGAGGAAAACUGGCCGAGCAGACAGAAGGAAUGUAAAAGCAGCAGAGGGAGAGACGACCUACGCUGAUGUCAGGACCUUAGUGAGAAAUUAA